AAGAUCGAUUGUUGGGAUUCCCCCAGACAAAUGACGACUACCCUUGAACCUAAGCCCCACCUUCCACCCAGCCACCACGCGGCUACUAGCCUAGGUACCUAAGGAAUGGAUCUCCGACGCAUCCGUGCGCGUCCCGACUCCCGUGCAGUCUGUACUGUACGUUUUCAGCCAUACCUAUAUAGACAGGGGUCCAUGAAAAAAGUCGAAUAUCUCCAAGUAGUCGCGCGACCUGAAAAUAAUCGCCAGCAACUGCAGAACCUCUGCCAUUGACGCUGGGAGAGGUACUGUAAUCGCUGCCCCUGACUAUGGCAGCUUCAAGUAGAGGUGGCAAUGCUGCCGCCGCUUUAUUACGAAAAGGACAAUCCAGCAUAUGCGCCAGCUGCAGGAAUGCUCAAUUCCGAUCGUACUCUGCCAACGCCGAGGCCGCCGCGGUAGCUGAAGCUCACCAUCUUAAGCCGACGGAAUCACAACCACAUCCACCCUUCACAGCGUCCCGCAAAGCAGAAUACCGCAUAAAAUCCGGCAUCAUCCUAACCCGGGCACCUCUACUAACCCGCGCCCUCACUCCCUUCGAGAACGCUUUCUACUUCUACCAGAAACGACUGAACGAGCGAUUGGUGUUGCCUUUCCGGCACACUCUCUUCUUCAAGAAGGACACGGCGGCCGACCUCGAUUGGCGAAUCAAAUUCGAAGAGCGGGGCCGGAUAGCGGCGAAGGAGCUGGGCAGAUACUACGCCAAGGGUCGCAACGCGUGGAACGACGAGUUGUUGGUGGGGAGCACAUUGAGCAAUGAGGAGAGGAUACGAGAGAUCUUGCUCAAGGAUGCCGAAAACCGGGUAACUGAGGAUGGCGAGGAAGCUGACCCGGAUGAGGUCCUGCCUGUCGAACAACCGAUGGACAGGAUCACGGAGGCUGAUAAGACGAAUGACGUGAGGCGACUGGACCGCAAGCUGGACCGGACUCUCUACUUGCUUGUUCAGAGUAGCGAUGGGAAAUGGCAGUUCCCGUCAGAGGAUGUGCCGACAGAUGAGCAUUUACACGAGACCGCGGCAAGAGUCUUAACGUCUGCGGCGGGUGUCAACAUGAACACCUGGUUAGUAGGCCGCGUGCCUGUUGCCCAUCUAGUUACACAGCCCGAGUUCAACGAGGAUACGUCCCUCAAGCAGAGAGGCGAGAAGGUAUUCUUCCUGAAGGGGAGGAUCAUGGCCGGCCAGGCGGACCUGAAGGGCAAUAAGUUGGGACUACAAGAUUUCAACUGGCUCACAAAGGAGGAGUUACAAGAGAAGCUACCAGAGGAGUACUUCCACUCCGUAAGGAAUAUGAUGGCGGAUCGGUAGAACGGGUAGACAUCACGAUACGAAGCCUCUGUAGUCUACGACCGUCAAUGUAAAGACAGUGUACUAUAUUAUACCUUACGUAGAAAUAAAUCGUCCCCGUAUAUUGCUA